AUGGAUUCGCAAAACGAAAAUGCUCAAGGUAACCCCAGAAACAUAAUCUUCGACAAAUACGAGAUGGGGCGGGUGCUCGGGCAGGGAAACUUUGCCAAGGUCUACCAUGGCAGAAACCUCGCCACCAACGAGAACGUCGCGAUCAAAGUCAUAAAGAAAGAGAAGCUGAAAAAAGAGCGACUCGUGAAGCAGAUCAAGCGCGAGGUUUCGGUGAUGAAACUGGUGCGGCAUCCCCACAUCGUUGAACUCAAGGAAGUGAUGGCCACCAAGGGAAAAAUCUUCCUCGUCAUGGAAUACGUCAGGGGCGGCGAACUCUUCACCAAAGUCAACAAAGGUAAACUCUCCGAAGACCUCGCCAGAAAAUACUUCCAACAACUCAUCAGCGCCGUCGACUACUGCCACAGCCGCGGCGUCACCCACCGCGACCUCAAGCCGGAGAAUCUCCUUUUGGACCAGAACGAGGACCUCAAAGUCUCCGACUUCGGACUCUCCGCGCUGCCGGAGCAGCGCCGCGCCGACGGCAUGCUCGUAACCCCGUGUGGGACCCCUGCUUACGUGGCACCCGAAGUUCUGAAGAAAAAAGGUUACGACGGGUCAAAGGCUGAUAUCUGGUCCUGUGGGGUAAUUCUCUACGCUUUGCUCUGUGGCUAUUUACCCUUCCAAGGUGAGAACGUUAUGAGAAUUUAUCGAAAAGCGUUUAGAGCUCAAUAUGAAUUACCCGAAUGGAUUUCGCCGGAGGCCGAAAAUCUCAUUUCGAAUCUCCUUGUUGCCGAUCCUGCAAAGAGGUAUUCCAUUCCCGAUAUAAUGAAGGACCCCUGGUUUCAAUUUGGGUUCAUGAGGCCCAUUGCGUUUUCAAUUAAGGAGUCCGAGGUAGAAGGAAACAUUGAUUUCGACGAUGUCGGGAACAACGAGGAUGUGGUUGCAAUGAGGAAACCCGCGAGGCCGUUUUACAAUGCGUUUGAGAUAAUCUCGUCCUUGUCGCACGGGUUUGAUCUCAGGAGCUUGUUUGAGACGAGGAAGCGGUCGCCGUCGAUGUUUAUUUGUAAAUUUUCGGCUUCGGCGGUGAUGGCGAAGGUGGAGGCUACGGCGAAGAAGCUGAAUUUUCGAGUUACGGGGAAGAAGGAGUUUGCGGUGAGGAUGCAGGGGGAGGAGGAGGGGAGGAAGGGGAAGUUGGCGAUGACGGUGGAGGUUUUUGAGGUGGCGCCGGAGGUGGCGGUGGUUGAGUUUUCCAAAUCUGCCGGAGACACGUUGGAGUAUGUUAAAUUCUGCGAGGAGCAAGUGAGACCAUCACUCCAAGACAUUGUCUGGAGCUGGCAGGGUGAUAGUAAUAACUCCUCCAGCAAUUAG